UUUGACGACAUUGGAGAUGAGCUUACGAACCUUCUUCCAAUGGACAUAACAUAAGCAAGCACGCCAAAAAGCUUAAAACUUUACGCAAACCCCCAAAAUUAGACAAAUUCGACUUAGGGUUUUUUUUCUAAUUUUCCCCAAAUCCCCAAAUCGAAUCUCAAAUCCUACCCAUAAGCAGAAAGAUGGCGAAUAUUUCAGAUUCUUUGAAAGGUAAAAAACGCCCGCGAGAGACAGACACUGAACCCCCAACCGGCGAUUUCGAUCAGAUUCUGUCACUAGAGGAAAAUCUUACAUUCAGCGACACGUUGGUGGCGCUUCGGAUAAUGCGAGCUCAGUUUCCGAACGACGAAAAGGUAACAGUUGAGCCUUUCAUUUUGCGGUCACAGCUGUAUAGCAGUGUGGAGGAUCGAACACAAGUGGACCGGGAUCUAGAGACUCUAAAAAGAGAGAAAGUGCUACGGGUUUUUAAAUUAAAUACUGGACAAGACGAUCAUGCAAUAAUGUUUGUGGAUGACUAUUUUCGCCAGAUGGAAAAAGUUGUGAAAAGAUUCGAAGAAAAGACUGAAGAUAUUGUUGAAGUUUUUAAGUGGUUUAAAUCACACGUUAUUGAUUGCAAGCUCGAACCCAGUAUUGGACAUCAAGAUCUUUGUACAUUAUUAUCUGGUGGAGGAAAGGUGAAGGAUGAACACAUCUCCCUUUUGAUCAAUUCUGGCCUUCUGACUCGGCAACUUAUUGAUCCAAACGUUUACUGGUUCGCAAUUCCAAAUAUUGGUUCAGUACUAAAAGGACUCUCUCAGGGAAGAAAGGAAGUUCUCUCUCUUCUAAACCGGAGGAGAUACAAAGAAAUGAUGAUGGCCCCUUUAGAGAAGAAGGCUCUUCGAUUUUCUCCGCUUGAUAUGAGAUUUCACCUCCGUGAUCUGAUUGGCUCAGGUCAUCUCAAAACUUCCAAGACACCGACAGGCUUAGUUGUUCGAGUCUCAAAAGAUUGAAGAAAAAGGAAUAAUAGGAGCAGCCCCGUUGAUUCAUAAGAUUGUUGUACUUCUUUUGGCUGUCUAUCUUAUUAUAGGUACAGUAAUGUAGGCUUUGAAGUGAUUGCCUUACAGCGCCGAAUAUAUGUUCUACUGGUUACAUGACCAGAAUUUUUGCAGGUCAUCCGAUGUGGACGAACAAAGACAUCGUAUCAGCAAACCGAUCCAACCCAAGAGCCUAAGCAUAAAGGAUAGAAGAUCUGCUAGGUCUUGCCUUAUUCCUUUUAAUCUGUUAUUUCUUCAGUUCUACAGCAUCCAUGUGAAUUCAUGCUUAAUUCAUCUCCUCUGAUUUGAUUAUCGAUAUUCUGUAAUACGUCAUACUUGAAAGCACAGUAGGUUACUGCAAUACCGUAGAAUACACCAGGAGCUCCUUUUGUUACA